CCGGACCGAGCCCGGUCGAUCUUGGUAUCUUCGUAAGACGUGUGUGAAGUUUGCAAGCAUCGACCACAACACGGUGCAAGGAUUUGAAGGGGAAAAUUGUGCCUGUGAGAUCGUGUUUGAAGUGGAAAAUUGUCUGCAUACAGUACGAAAAUGGCAGCAGCACUGCUCGUCCUGAUCGCCAUCGUCACAGCCGUAUCGGCCGCAGGACAACAACAGGCUAAUGCUUUCAACGGUUACAACUACCCCAAACCAACCACGCCAGCCCCAUUCACCGGCUACCACUACCCGAAACCUUCGAAACCCUUCAACGAAGGCUACACCUACAACACGCCCAAGUGUCCACUGGUCCUCCCGAGCACCACCACCGUCACCGACUACAGCACGCUCGUGUCCACUUCCUACCAGACGCAAACGCAAACCCUUCCCCCCAUCACGAGCACCCGGCUGGAGACGUCCUACGUGACGCUGCCUCCCGUCGUCCAAACGCUCACCGAAACCGCCACCCAAUUCAUUACCUACACCUCGACCGACUUCAUCGUGUCGACGACGACGGAAAUUCAACCCACUACCGUCACCUCCCUGCUUACCACAACGUACUGCCAGCCGAACACUUACCUUCCACCGCCGACGCCCCCGCCCAACACGUACCUUCCGGUUGAGCCACCGUCCAAGGAGUAUCUGCCCCAGCGUCCUCCACCAGCCACGGGCGGUGCCGCGGGCUUUUCCACCGUCGUGCGACAGUCCGAGUCCUCCACCGGCGGCAACGAUCAGGGAUCGUCGUUCAUUUCCACCUUCGUCCAGCAGCAGCAGUCCGGACCGAUCAAGCGAGCGACCGAUGGUGGUGGUGUUGGUGAGCAGGCUGGGCGCAUCCGAAGCUCCACUUCCGGCGAGCAGCAGCGCGUCGAAACGAACGAAGUCCUUCCGGGCGAUGAAGUGCCGCAGCCGACCAUCAACAUCAUCUACGUCGAUCGGCACGGCGUGUCGGAGGGUACGCCACCGCCCAGCCUGAUGAACUGGUUGCUGUGCAAGUUUAACCUGUCCAGCGGUUCCUGCACCAACAACUGAAGAAGUAACAGGGGAAUUGAUGCAAUGAGAAGGUGUGUGUGUGAUGUUGUGAUAUUUGAAAGGCGAGAAAGGGGGAGAGAAGAACUAUUAGUGGCCGUGUCUAAACAAAGUUACCCGUAAA